GCGGCGGGCGGUGCGCGCGGGGCGCGGUGUGUGCGCGCUCCCCCGCCCGGGGAGGAAGAUGGGCCGGGAGGGAAAGUUGGGGUGACGCGCGCGCAGCCCCCGGACGCUCGGCGGGGGGCGCCGUGGCGAGCCCGACGGAGCGGCGGCGAGCCGGGCCGGGGGGCGCGCAGUCCGGGGGCCGCCCCCUCCCUGCAGGUGGCCGCGGGCGCGCGGGGUCCGGGCGGCCGGGGGCGCGGGCGGGCGCGCGGGGGAGCCCGGCCGAGGCAUGGGCUGCGCCCCCAGCAUCCACGUCUCGCAGAGCGGCGUGAUCUACUGCCGCGACUCGGACGGGUCCAACUCGCCCCGGCAGACCAGCAGCGUGUCGCAGGGCCCCGCCGGCCCCCUGCACGGCCUCUUCGUCCCGACCGACGCCUCCGACGCCGCCGCGCCGGGACCCCCGGGCGCCGCCCGCGUCCGCAGGGCCCGCGCCGAGCUGGGCAGCGGCAGCAGCUCGGGCUCCGGGGCCCCCGCGGCGACCACCUGCCGGGGCCGGCGCCGCCACUGCUGCAGCAGCGCCGAGGCCGAGACCCAGACCAGCUACACCAGCGUCAAGCAGGUUUCUUCUUCGGAGGUGCGCAUUGGGCCCAUGAGACUGACGCAGGAUCCAAUUCAGGUUUUGCUGAUCUUUGCCAAGGAAGAUAGUCAGAGUGAUGGAUUCUGGUGGGCCUGUGACAGAGCUGGUUAUAGAUGCAAUAUUGCUCGGACGCCAGAGUCAGCCCUGGAGUGCUUCCUCGAUAAACACCAUGAAAUUAUUGUCAUCGAUCACAGACAAACACGUAACUUCGAUGCGGAAGCAGUGUGCAGGUCGAUCCGGGCCACGAAUCCCUCUGAGCACACGGUGAUCUUAGCGGUGGUUUCACAAGCAUCGGGUGACCAUGAAGAGGCCUCCGUUCUUCCUCUGCUGCACGCGGGCUUCAACAGGAGAUUUAUGGAGAAUAGCAGCAUAAUUGCUUGCUAUAAUGAACUGAUUCAAAUAGAACACGGGGAAGUUCGCUCACAGUUCAAAUUACGGGCCUGUAAUUCAGUGUUUACAGCAUUAGACCAUUGUCAUGAAGCCAUAGAAAUUACAAGUGAUGACCAUGUGAUUCAGUAUGUCAACCCCGCCUUCGAGAGGAUGAUGGGCUAUCACAAAGGCGAGCUCCUGGGGAAAGAACUAGCUGAGCUGCCCAAGAGCGAUAAGAACCGAGCAGAUCUCCUCGACACCAUCAACACGUGCAUCAAGAAGGGCAAGGAGUGGCAGGGAGUUUACUAUGCCAGACGGAAGUCCGGGGACAGCAUCCAGCAGCACGUGAAGAUCACCCCAGUGAUUGGCCAAGGAGGGAAAAUUAGGCAUUUUGUCUCCCUCAAGAAACUGUGUUGUACCACUGACAGUAAUAAGCAGAUUCACAAGGUCCAUCGGGACUCAGGAGACAACUCCCAGACAGAGUCACACUCAUUCCGACACAAGAACAGGAGGAAAGAAUCCAUUGAUGUGAAGUCUAUAUCUUCUCGAGGCAGUGAUGCACCCAGCCUGCAGAACCGGCGCUACCCUUCCAUGGCCAGGAUCCACUCCAUGACAAUCGAGGCUCCCAUCACGAAGGUUAUAAAUAUAAUCAAUGCCGCCCAAGAGAACAGCCCUGUCACUGUAGCCGAGGCCCUGGACAGAGUUUUAGAAAUUUUACGGACCACCGAACUGUACUCCCCUCAGCUGGGUACCAAAGAUGAAGACCCGCACACCAGUGACCUGGUCGGAGGCCUAAUGACGGAUGGCUUGAGGAGGCUGUCAGGGAAUGAGUAUGUGUUCACUAAGAAUGUGCACCAGAGCCACAGCCACCUGGCGAUGCCAUUGACCAUCAAUGACGUGCCCCCCAGUAUUGCCCAGCUGCUCGAUAACGAGGAAAGCUGGGAGUUCAACAUCUUCGAGUUAGAAGCUGUCACGCAUAAAAGACCAUUGGUUUACCUGGGCUUAAAGGUCUUUUCCCGGUUUGGGGUGUGUGAAUUUUUACACUGUACUGAAACUACUCUCCGAGCCUGGCUCCAAGUGAUUGAAGCCAACUACCAUUCCUCCAAUGCGUACCAUAACUCCACUCAUGCUGCCGAUGUCCUGCAUGCCACAGCCUUCUUCCUGGGAAAAGAAAGAGUGAAGGGAAGCCUCGAUCAACUGGACGAGGUGGCGGCUCUGAUCGCGGCCACGGUGCACGAUGUGGACCACCCAGGACGUACCAACUCAUUCCUGUGCAAUGCUGGCAGCGAGCUGGCCGUGCUCUACAACGACACAGCCGUGCUGGAGAGCCACCACACCGCACUGGCCUUCCAGCUGACCGUCAAGGAUGCCAAGUGCAACAUUUUCAAAAACAUGGACAGGAACCAUUAUCGGACAUUGCGCCAAGCUAUUAUCGACAUGGUGUUAGCCACAGAGAUGACAAAGCACUUUGAACAUGUGAACAAAUUUGUGAACAGCAUCAACAAGCCCCUGGCCGCUGAGAUCGAGGGCAGUGACUGUGAAUGCAACCUUGUUGGGAAGAACUUUCCUGAAAACCAAAUGCUGAUCAAGCGCAUGAUGAUUAAAUGUGCAGAUGUGGCCAACCCGUGCCGCCCGUUGGACCUGUGCAUCGAGUGGGCUGGGAGGAUCUCCGAGGAGUAUUUCGCUCAGACCGACGAAGAGAAGAGACAGGGGCUGCCUGUGGUGAUGCCAGUCUUUGACCGGAAUACCUGUAGCAUCCCCAAGUCCCAGAUCUCCUUUAUCGACUACUUCAUAACCGACAUGUUCGAUGCCUGGGAUGCCUUUGCACAUUUGCCUGCUCUGAUGCAACAUUUGGCUGAUAAUUACAAACACUGGAAGACAUUGGAUGACCUGAAGUGCAAGAGUCUGAGGCUUCCAUCUGAUAACUGAUGCCAAGGCAGAAAAGGACCUCUUGAUCUACAAAGGGCACUGAGAAUCAUAGUAGGAACAAGAGGCUUUCCGUUAGAAUGAGAAUGACAGUAUAGGUUAGGAAAUUAACGUCUAUUAUUUAACCUCAGUCAUUCAAGUUCCCAAAUUUCAUUUUUAGAAAGUGAUGUUCCAUAAAGAAAAAUAGAUCAUUUUGAACACUCAGUGACAGAACACACACACAGCAAACUCCUGUGCUCUGCUGUUAUUUUUGUGUGCUUUCAUCCAUCUUUGGAGUGGGUUUACCAUAACAGGACACAAGCAACAAAGACUUGGAGAUCUGAGCCCAUCUCUGGAUGAUUACCAGCUAGCUUAGCCAGUGUCCAGCUCAUCUCCUACUGUACAAGUCACCAUCACUCUGUAGCUUGACUAAAUUCCGUAAGUAUGAAGGAUUCAAAAGAAGAGCAAAAUUAAAAACUACACAAAAAAGAACAAAACCAGGACCAAAUUACUGGUAAAUUAGCACCCGCGCCUCCAUGGCUAGUAGCUAUUUUGGUUGAUGGUGUGACGCCUAAGCUAAACAGUCUUGACCCCAUGAGUGCCCUCUUUACACUGGAAUAGGCAGGUUGCAUAGGUGGGAUUCUUUCCUCCAGAAAGCCAUUGUGAUGGGGAAGUGACAUUUUGUUGGGGAGGAACCCAUGAGAUUCCCGUAUUUCUGGUUUGGAGGCUGUCAAGAGACACUGUAGUAUUAUAUUAAAGCCAUUAAAUCUGAACCCUUGGGAAAGCUUUUUUAAAAAAAUUUAUAUACGUUUGCGGUUUAACAUUUUUAUUAACGCAAUCUAAAUUUUCUGGGUAUAAGUCCAUGAAGUAUGCUGUGCCAUAUAUCAUCUGUAUGUAUUAUUUGGGGCAGGGGAUAAGGGAAGGUUCAGAUGUUUUUACCUAUCUAUAUUUGAGAUCAUGCCAAUUUCCUUUAAUUAUGUAAAAAAAAGCAUAGAAGAUGUGUAAAUAUAUGAGAAAACAGGUAUAUGGAAAAGCAGUAAAUACUAUUUUAAGCUAUUGUAUGCUAAAAGCUUCUAAAGCACAAGUGCAUAUUUUUAUACAGCUCUUUUCACAACUUUCUGUGAUCUACAUAAAGUCAAAUUUGAGAUUUUACUUUCUCUUGGAACAACCAGCUAUUCUCCAUGUAUUAUAAAUAUUAGAAACUCAGUAAACAGUAUCUUUGUUUUUACUUUAAUUCUCUGUAUAUCAUAUUGCAUUUUGAGGAGGUAUAGAGACAACUGAAUAGUUUCUUUAUUCAGAAAAAAAAUGGAAUGCAGAACACUAGAUUUAAUACAUGGAAGAAAAAAGAUAAUAACUAUCACUACAUAAUGUGCCAAUUUUUUUCUAUGUUUUGUACCCAAAAAAAAGAAACAUGAUAAUUCCAUGCAAAGAAAUGUAUUUAAAUUAUUUUUGGUAGAUGAUGAGAACUUGCUUGGUCAGACAGCAGUGAGCUUUGUAUUGCUUUGUUGCAUUAUAUAAAUGUGAUGAAAAUGUUUUUGUGAUGUACUUGUAACUAAAUUCCUACAGCCAUUUUUCAUUCCCAACAGCUGUUUUUAUUUUACCUCUUUGGCCUAAAUUUUUCAUAAUUUCAAAGUUUUGGUUGAGUGUCCUUUAUUUCAUGAGUCACACUUUUUUCAAACACAUUAAAAUCAGAAUGCCAGAA